AUGUGGUUUAAGGCACAGAGGUCUUGGCAUGAUGCCGGCAGUGACCAAGGGUCCGGACCUAGUAUUCACUCGCUCAUCUACAGCAACAGUGUCAUCCUUCUGCUAGCCAUGAUUCCAUCGGUGUCAGCUGUUAGGCGAAACAUAUCAGCUUGCUCUCUUUUUCACAAUAUCGUAUACCGCGCACACUCUCCAACACUUUCCGUAUCUGCUCCUGGAUCAAGAAUGUCUCUUUGGAGAGCGAUCUCAUCACCAACAAAGUCCUCCUCCAUGGGUUCCGAUAUCCCAUCGACAACGUCAAGAAACACGCAGAAUGCCCAGAAGUUUCCAACUAGUGGCUUUAACAUUAUCCAGCCUGACGAAAAAGUGGAGGAGGAAGAGUUACCUGAUUACGAAGCACGCCGUUUUUAUCCCGUUCGACUGGGUGAAACAUUCCAGAACCGCUACCAAGUAGUGGCAAAACUUGGCUUUGGCUCCUCAUCAACUACAUGGCUGUCCCGCGAUUUGACAAACGGCCACUAUGUCGCAUUGAAAGUCUAUGUGCAUACUUCAUCGUUUCACCGCGAAGUCCCGUUCUAUAAUCACUUGAAGCAUCAUCUACAAACAAGCUCACAUCAGGGACGAUACAAUAUUCGCAAGUUGUUAAAUUCCUUCACUGUUUCCAGUCAAGAUGGGAUACAUACAGUCCUUAUCUUCGAGGCCGCGCAGAUGAGUCUACGGGACAUGAAGAUAGUGUUCCAACAGGGCGGGUUUGAUGAGGGUCUCGUUAAAGGUGCUAUUACCGAGCUUUUACAGGCGGUAGACUUUCUUCAUACACAAGGACAGAGUGUUCACACUGGUAAAGAAUUCUUUCCUUCGUGCAGUACCUCGCAAGCCGGUCUCUCCCGCGCGGACUAUUUAUUUAUCACGCCUGAUGCGUCCUCAAGGCCGCACGGCGGUGAUAUCAUGCCCCUGGAGUAUCGGGCACCUGAGACAUUGCUCUAUAUAGGUUGGAGUUAUCCUGUCGAUAUCUGGAGUGCCUGGGAUCUUCUCGAGCCGAGCAAGCUUUUCACAGCACGAGAUGAAGAUGGUGAUCUGUAUGAUGCUGCGCAUCUAGCCCAAAUUAUCGCUGCACUAGGACCACCUCCCCCUGAUUUUUUAAGAAGGAACCAGGAAAGGGCAAGCGAUUUUUGGGGCUCUGAUGGCAAAUGGUUGGGCCUUGCGCCUAUUCCGCAUGACCGGACAAUGGAGCGGUUAGAAAGUCGGCUCAGUGAUAAGUCUGGCUUCCUACGGUUCAUGCGGAAAACUCUUACUUGGCUGCCUGAGGAAAGAGCGACAGCCAAGGAGCUUUUGCAGGAUCCUUGGUUGAGAAGCUGA